CGAGUUUACCCCUUUCAGGACUUUAGGAACGCAAGAAUGCCCACGAACACGAAGCCUGACCAAAUCGUAGGAGGGCCUGAGGCGACCUGCUGCUUGGGCAUUACCGCCUGGGAUCGGACACUCGAGAAAACUGGGGGAAAGCCGACGUGCCUCGGGCUCGCACAAGUAAAGCGCGGCGACCAAGAAGCCGACGACGUUCGCGUGCUCAGCUCACAAACGCGAGACUUCAAGUACGUGUGCCUGGGCUACUCUUCGCACCCAACCGACGCACGACCUGCAAAGCCAGGCCAGCCGACAAACAUGCCUUUCUGCGAGGGUGUUGAGAUUGCUAUCACGGAGGAGGAGGUCGCCACCAUGCCGGGGUCAAGCGGCGCUGCCCCGCUGAUGCGCGACCGGCAAGCCCCCUCGCUCUCGCACGGCGACGGCGCGGGCGCGCAGCCGCCCGCCGCAUCGCCCUCGGACGAGGACGGCGGCAGCAAGGGGCUUCAGGAGCGCUUCGCCAAGCACCUGCGCCGCAACGCUGACAGCCUGCGCGCGGCUGUGCUGGGCGACCGCUUCCCCACGCUGCCGGUACAGAUGCGGCAGUUUGAGACCGUGGACGACGCCACCAAGCUCUUCACGGAGACGGCGCGUGUGAACCUGCUCAAGAUGAACGUCAUGGCGGAGUUCAUUUCGUUCCGCACCAUGGAGGCAGUGGUCAAGCCCAUCUGGGAGCGAUUCGGGCCCUCGGAGGAGGCCGAUUAAGUGGGGCUGUAAGCGCGGCGUGACUGACGCAGCGCAGCGCGCAGCUGGCUCGCUCGCGCUCCUGAGAGCGGCUGGAUUGCGUUGUCGGUGGGGCUUUAGAAAGCUAGGAGCCCAGGGCACAGGCGUGGUGGGCUGGCGGCCGCGGUUCGCCCGCCUCUUAUGUUGUGAGAGGCGGGUUGCGCGGCACCAGCACCCGCACUAGCCGGGGUGUGGCGGCCGCAGCGCGUCCUGGAGGGAUCAUGCCUCCGGCGGUGCUCGCCGAUGGCGGCGCGACGCCUGGCAAAGGCGACAUUGUAGGUGUUCUGGAGGGGCUUACAGAAGCAGCGCGCGUGCUAGUGGAGAGGUGAGAUCAUAGGUUAUUAUGUACGCGGAGAGUGUGUGGGAUCAAGCAGAAUGCGUGAUUGGCGCUACAUGCUCCAGCGAAGUGCACCGGGCUGAGGCUGGCGUGGUGACGCCGGCAGGACGCUGGUGACGGCUGGGCAGCUCACCCACAUUGCGUCCGCAAGGAGGUGCACCAGGCUUAUCAACAUGAGGCAUGAACGGUUUACGUUUGCUACGAGCGGUGUACACCCUGCACAGCUUUGUGCGUAAGGCAUAUUAGAACUGCGAACUGUCUUGGGGUUGUUUGAUGGCGGUGACUGCCAAAUUUGAGCAGAAGAGAGCUAAGGAGAGGCGAGGGGUCCUAUAUUGCCAGAACAAAACGCGGCUCGUUUCCUGUGCGACCGUGGUAAUUAUAUGGCUGGGGCCAAGGAGUGCGGAGGCGUGUACAGUAUGGUAACGCUGACAGAGCGUGUGCAAUAGAUACCCGGCUUGGUUUGGGAGUCGAAUGGUUGAUGUACGGUUGAAGAUGUUGCUGCCGUAGUUCUAUCGAGGUCAGGAGCCGUCGAGUCGUGGAUUGAACGAAGACUGAAAGAUGCUGUGUGGAGUAUCAAGUGCACCACGCAAAGCGUGGAGGGUGAAGUCAGGUGUUCAGAUAGGGUGGUGAAGAAGCAGAGAGCGGGGUCCUGUGGUGGGCUAAUGUGCAUGGCGAGACGUGGGAUGGAACCAAGUGGCACCAUUCUGCAAAUUCAUGAAGCAUUGUAAUGGUAGCUCUUA